GUAGUGGUGUUGACUGGUCUCCCAUGCCUCUGCAGGACCUACGAGCAUGCUGUGCUGGCAGCGGGGACGGACUUCCGCUCAGACCGCCUGUGGGAGGCCUACGUGAACUGGGAGACGGAGCAGGAGAAGCUGGCCAACGUCACGGCCGUCUACGACCGCAUCCUGGGCAUCCCCACGCAGCUCUACUCCCAGCACUUCCAGAGGUUUAAAGACCACGUGCAGAACAACAACCCCAAGCACUUCCUGUCUGAGACCGAGUUUGUGCAGCUGAGGGUGGAGCUUGCCGCUGCCAGCACAACCAACGGGGAGGGAGAGACGCCCAGUGAAGAACUUCCCCCCGGAGUGGAGGACCUCCCCGACCCUGCCAAGCGCGUGACUGAGAUUGAGAACAUGCGGCACAAGGUCAUCGAGUCGCGGCAGGAGAUUUUCAAUCACAAUGAGCACGAAGUCAGCAAGAGAUGGGCCUUCGAGGAAGGGAUUAAGCGGCCCUACUUUCACGUGAAGGCUUUAGAGAAAACCCAGCUGACCAACUGGCGGGAGUAUUUGGACUUCGAGCUGGAGAACGGGACUCCGGAGCGGGCGGUGGUUCUGUUCGAGCGCUGCCUGAUCGCCUGUGCCCUGUACGAGGAGUUCUGGAUGAAGUAUGCACAGUAUUUAGAAGGAUACAGCAUCGAGGGAGUGAGGCAUGUGUACAAGAAGGCCUGCACCAUCCACCUCCCCAAGAAGCCAGCCGUGCACCUCCUCUGGGCUGCGUUCGAGGAGCAACAGGGGAUCAUAGAGGAGGCUCGUCGCAUCCUGAAGGCCCUGGAGGAGCUGGUGCCGGGUCUCGCCAUGGUGAGACUGCGACGGGUCAGUCUGGAGCGUCGCCACGGCAACCUGGACGAGGCAGAGGCGCUGCUGCGCGACGCCAUGCAGAACGGGAAGAACGCAGGCGAGACGUCGUUCUACGCCGUGAAGCUGGCGCGGCAGCUGAUGAAGGUGCAGAGGAGCCUGGGAAAGGCCAAGAAGGUGCUCCUGGAGGCCAUGGAGAAAGACCAGACCAGCCCAAAGCUGUAUCUGAAUCUGCUGGAGCUGGAGUACAGUGGGGACGUGCAGCAGAACGAGGCGGACAUCGUGGCCUGUUUCGACCGCGCCCUGACCAGCCCCAUGCCCCUGGAGGCCCGCCUGACCUUCUCCCAGCGCAAGGUGGAGUUCCUGGAGGACUUCGGUAGCGACAUCAAUAUUCUUGUAGCGGCAUAUGAGGAACAUCAGAAGCUCUUGAAAGAGAACGACUCCACCAAGAGGAAAGCGGAGAAUGGGUCUGAAGGCCCCGACUCCAAGAGACAGAGAACCGACGACUCCGCUGGCGGUCAAAUGACGUCAGACGCCAACAAUCAAGCGUACAACUACAACUGGUACCAGCAAUACAACAACUACCAGAACUCAUGGGGACAGUACAACCAAUAUGGCCAGUAUAACCAGUACUAUCCCCCUCCCCCCACAUGAUUUCAGCGUGAAUGACGAGAUCGAAUGAUUGGAGGUCGCAGAGCAAGCGGCUAUUUUUUACCCUAUUGAACCGCUUUGAGUCACAGACUCGCCCUCACAGCCAUCCUGUUGAUCAGCUUUUGAUCCGACCCGUGUUUAUUUGGCAUGUAUGUGUGUUUGUGCAAAUUAUUUUACUUUUCCUCUCCUCUCCCUCGUAUGUGAAGUUGCAAAUACAGCUUUUGAUUUUUAGACUGGUUUGACCUGGAGUAGAAUCUAAUUUGGGGGGAAAUGUAGUUGUAUCUGAAGAUGAAGAUUGAAAUAUGUAAUGAACCUCGGACAUGUCUGUAACAUCUCCUGAAUGUGUUUUUCUGGGCAAACGACUGAGGUUUGUUUUUUUAUUUUGACUUUCAUAAUAAAGUGAUCGAUAUCCUCACUUAA